GCCUGAGGGGGCGUGGUGGGGAAGGGGAGGAGGGGCGGGGGUGAGGGGAUAAGGACGCGGCGGCGGCCGGCGCCCCCUGUCACUGCGCGCCAGCUCCAGAGCCCUGUGCCGCCGCCAUCGCCGUCGCCGUCAACGCGCUCGGCCUUCUUCUCCGCUCCCUUCCCCUCGCCCAGGGGGAAAGGUCAGCACCGACCUGGAGCCGCCGUGUCGCUCCCCGACAGCCAUGAACUGCAGCGAGAGCCAACGGCUGCAAACCCUCCUGAGUCACCUGCUGCUCCAGCUGCACCACCAGGGCAACGCCAGCGGCCUGGGCGCCGGCCCCGGCCCAAGCAUGGGCAUGGGGGUUGUGCCUGACCCCUUCGUGGGCCGCGAGGUGACCAGCGCCAAGGGCGACGACGCCUAUCUCUACAUCCUGCUCAUCAUGAUUUUCUACGCCUGCCUGGCCGGAGGCCUCAUCUUGGCCUACACCCGCUCCCGCAAGCUCGUUGAGGCCAAGGAUGAGCUGUCCCAGACCUGCGCUGAGCACGAAUGGGCCCCGGCCGCCGACGCCGAGACUGCCGCCGGCUCCUCCCGGGCCGAGGGCUGCCGCCAGCUCUCCUCCGCGGGGCUGCCUGCUCUCGCCCAGGGUGCCGAGCGGGUCUAAGCACCACUACCCUAGCUUGCUCCUUCGCGCAUGCCUCAUCUCCUUGCUUCUCCCUGAGCGCAGCUCCUGCCCAUUCCUCCCCUUCCAGGGCCCGCCUCACCUGAGGCCCAGACAAUAAGAGGCCAGGAGACUUUGUCUGGAAGGACCUGGAAGGAGAACACCACCCCACCUAGCCACUGCUGGCCGCUUUCACCCUUCUCUCCUCUCACGCCUCCACCCCCACGCGGCACAUGCAGCUUGCACUAAACUGCCUCUGCUCUCUUGUCUUCAGACAGCUCCAACAUCACGCUCCAGCCCUCUGGGAACUGAAUCUGACACGUCCAACACUUGGCGUUAAACUGAAGCAAUGAAGUCCUAUCAAAACUCUGGGCCGUCUAACUGGCAGCUGCUCCAGGGGCAGCCAGGGACUGCUCACUCUGCAGAGCCAACGGGCUUGCCAUCCCUGCCAGGCCGGCUGCAGCAGCUCCUGCUUCCUGUUGCCUUAGGGACACAGACAAAGAAAAGGAAGAGGCCUCAGACACCGUUUCCCCGCCCUCUGUCUUUCAGCAGGGAGCUCCCCGGACACUAGGACUGGGAUGGAAUGGACUUCGUGGGGACUGAGGGAGGGAGUCCCAGUGGGGAGGGGAGGAUCCAUGAGCCCAGCUGUAUGGUUUUCUCGCCUCCCCAGUUGUCAUCCCAGAGGUAACUUAGCUGAUUUCUCCUAGCUUUGCUGUCCUCUGCAGAGGGGAGACAUUAGUGGGUGUGUCAUUCCAGUGCUUCCAAACUUCUCCUAGACAGAUUCAGUUGGUAGCGCAGUGUCUGCUUCAUCCAUGGCGCCUGAGGCUCAGGUGCACCCUGCUCUGUUACCCUAGGGGAUUGUCAGAGGCAGGUAAUAAAGAUUGUUUAAGCAGUAA